AGCUUCUUUAAAAGCUAAGCCACAUCGAAGAGGUUUAAAUGUUUCAGGUCCUGUUCAAUCCUACCACCCCAACCUAAAGAACUUUUGGUAUCCAGUGGCAUUCUCUAGUGAUCUGAGGAACGAUAUCAUGAUACCAACAGAUUGUUUUGAGGAACCAUGGGUCUUAUUUCGUGGGAAAGAUGAAAAACCAGGCUGUGUGAAGAAUACAUGUGCUCAUAGAGGCUGCCCACGUCACCUUGUAUCUGUGACUGAGGGCCGCAUCCAAUGUCCUUACCAUGGUUGGGAGUACUCAACUGAUGGAAAAUGUGAAAAGAUGCCAUCUACUAAAAUGCUGAAUGUGCGGAUAGGAUCAUUGCCCUGUUUUGAACAAGAAGGAAUCUGGAUUUGGCCAGGUGGCACCCCUAUGGCUACUAUUCCUUCCUUGCAACAUCCUCCUGAAUUUAAAGUUCAUGCAGAGCUCCCAAAUGAGCAUGCGCUUCUUUUGGAUAAUCUUCUAGACCUUGCUCAUGCACCAUUUACUCACACCUCCACUUUUGCCAAGGGAUGGAGUUCUCCAAGGAUACUAGAUCCUUACCCUAUUGACAUGGAGUUCCGACCCCCAUGCAUGGUCCUCUCUACAAUUGGGAUAUCAAAGCCUGGAAAACUGGAGGGCAGAAUACUAGGGAAUGCUCACACCAUUGCAUCAGCUUCAUGUGUGCUUGCCUCCUCUAGACAGAAAACAAGGUUACUGUACAGAAUGUCUCUGGAUUUUGCCCCAUUUCUUCAGCAUCCCUUCGUGCAUAUAUUGUGGAGGCACUUUGCAGAGAAGGUGCCUGAUGACGACCUGCGGCUUGUCAUCGGUCAGCCGUACCAGAUGAUCAACGGGGUCAAUGUAUGGAACCUGCCAGUAUCUUAUGACAAACUUGGGCUACGGUACAGAUUGUGGAGAGAUGCAGUUGAGAGCAGAGCCAAGAGAUUUCCAUAACAUACUACUUCGGGUUCUUCCAUCAUCAUUCUUAAUCUGCAAUACGAAUGUAAUAAACCGUCUAUCAUAUAUGAUGAAAGGUACAGAUGCAAUCACUGAUUCACAGAUGAUCCAUUGAGGAUGACUACAAGCAGUAGCUGAGGGAGCUGACAGAAUAUGGAGGCAUGAUAGUAUGCUGAUUGUUUUUUGUGUACAGAGAUUAUCCUAAUUUUGGACUUCAAUUGCUCCUCAUUUUUCUUUGUUUUUGCACAUUCUUUACUGAUUUAUGUUAUCUUAAUU